AUGAAGUCGACGCGCCGCAUCGGUGCUGAGAGGCCGCAGCAUGUCGUCGUCCGGCCGGCCCGCGCCCAAGAGGUUGCAGACAAGGGGAGGCACCGAGGAAACGGGAGGAUGAGCUGCUUUCCAUGCUUCGGCGGCGGAAAGAGGAAGAAUGCGCAAACCGACACGGGCCUCUCCGAGGCGGCGGCCCCGGUGUCCAAGAUGACCCCGCCCGGGUCGGUGAAGGCACCUGCGCCGUACACCCCGGCGCCCGCGGCAGCUGCCGCGACCGUGACGCCGUCGAAGCAGGCCAACGACGCGAAACGGCCCGGUGGUGCGAGCCAUGCGCCCCAGCCUUCCGCUGAGGACGCGUCGCUGCGUUUCGCCAUCACGGCGCAGGCGUUCGCGUUCCGCGAGCUCGCGGCGGCCACCGACCACUUCACGCCGUACAACCUCGUUGGAGAAGGCGGCUUCUUCAGGGUCUACAAGGGCCGGCUAGAGAAGAACGGCCAGACUGUGGCCAUCAAGCAGCUGGACAAGCACGGCUUCCAGGGCAACAAGGAGUUCCUGACCGGGGUCUCCAUGCUCAGCCAGCUCCACCACGAGAACCUCGUCGACAUCAUCGGCUACUGCGCCGACGGCGACCAACGGCUGCUGGUGUACGAGUCAGUGCCCGCUGGCACGUUGGAAGACCACCUGUUCGAUUUGCCGGCGGAUAAGAAGCCGAUGGACUGGUGCACGAGGAUGAAGGUGGCGUACGGCGCGGCGCAGGGGCUGGAGUACCUGCACGAGAAGGCGAACCCGCCGGUGGUGUACGGGGACUUCAAGGCCUCCAACAUCCUGCUCGACGAGAGCUUCACGCCCAAACUCUCCGAUUUCGGGCUCGCGCAGCUCGGGCAGGCGGGCGGCAACACGCCGGUGUCGUCGCCCAUGAUGGGCUCCUUCGGGUGCUGCGCGCCGGAGUACGACCGUGGCGGGCAGGCCACCAUGAAGUCCGACGUGUACAGCUUUGGGGUGGUGCUGGUGCAGCUCAUCUCCGGGAGGAGGGCCGUCGACACCAGCAAGCCUGUGGACGACCAGAAUGUGGUCACCUGGGCCAUGCCAAUGUUCAAAGACCAGAAGAGAUAUCAUGAGUUGGUUGAUCCACUCAUCAAAAAGGAGUACCCAGCCAAGGCACUGAACCAGGUGGUUGCCAUGGCUGCGAUGUGCUUGCAGGAAGAGGACUCCGUGCGACCACUGAUGGCCGAUGUUGUCAUGACGCUGGGCUUCCUUACAACAAUGGCACUAGAUCCACCGCCAAGUGCUGCUCCACAUGCCAACCCGGCACCAAAACAAGACAAAAGAUCAGAUCAUUCUGACUAUUCAUCAUCUUCUUCUUCUUCUUCUUCGGAUGAUGAAGGUAACGAAGAGGAGGAGGAGGAGGAGGAAACUGAGGACCAACAAUAA